AUGGCAGAAGGUUCUGGAAGGAAACUCAUCGUGGAGGUUUGCAACGCCAAGAACUUGAUGCCGAAGGACGGUCAAGGAACCGCGAGUGCUUACGCUAUUGUGGAUUUCGAUGGUCAGAGACGGCGAACGAAGACGAAAUCGAGAGAUCUCAAUCCUCAAUGGGAUGAGAGGCUCGAGUUCAUGGUCCACGACAAAGACUCCAUGGCUUCGGAGACGCUUGAGGUCAAUCUCUACAAUGACAAGAAGUCCGGGAAACGAAGUACUUUUCUCGGUAAAGUGAAAAUAUCCGGAAGCACGUUUGUGAAGUGCGGUUCCGAAGCGAUUGUGUAUUAUCCGUUAGAGAAGAGGAGCGUGUUCUCUCAGAUCAAAGGAGAGCUUGGCCUCAAGGUUUGGUACGUUGAGGAGGAUCCACCGGAAACAGAGAAUGCCAGUGACCAGAAAGCAGAAUCAGCGCCGGCGGCGGAGGAGAAACCGCCAGAAAAUUCGCAAGACGGAGAGAAGAAAGAAGAUAAGGUAGAAGAGAAGAAAGAAGAGGAAAAGAAAGAAGAAGAAAAUAAACCUAAAGAAGAAUCGAAAGAAGAAGAAAAACCGAAAGAGGAGGCUCCGGCGGAGGUAACACCAGCGCCGGCAGUACCACAGCCUGAAAAUUCAGCGAUUGCACAAACGGAGAAGCCGAAGCAGCAAAAGGAGAAGCACGGCGAGUUGCAAAAGAGUGCUGAUCUGAACGUGAGUGAUCACGAACUGCGAUCUCUGAGUAGCGAUCGAAGCCGCAGCACUUACGAUCUCGUGGAUCGCAUGCCGUUUCUCUUUGUUCGCGUCGUGAAGGCCAAGAGAGCCAAACCUGAACCCGGUUCUGUCGUUUACUCGAAGCUUGUUAUUGGAACUCACAGCGUUAAGACUAAAAGUGAGAGUGAAAACAAAGAUUGGGAUCAGGUCUUUGCGUUCGAUAAAGAAGGACUCAAUUCGACGUCGUUGGAGGUCUCCGUUUGGUCAGAGGAGAAGAAAGAAGGGGAUGAGAGCAGCGAGAAUUGUCUUGGAACGGUGUCGUUUGAUUUGCAGGAGGUGCCUAAAAGAGUUCCUCCGGAUAGUCCUCUGGCUCCACAGUGGUACACUCUGGAGUCUGACUCUUCGCCGGGAAACGACGUCAUGGUCGCCGUUUGGAUCGGAACCCAGGCCGACGAGGCUUUUCAGGAGGCUUGGCAAUCAGAUUCCGGCGGGUUGAUACCGGAGACCCGAGCCAAGGUGUACCUUUCUCCCAAGCUUUGGUAUCUGAGACUAACGGUCAUCCAAACCCAGGACUUGCAGCUAGGUUCGAGACCCGAGCCUAAGGUUAGGAAUCCUGAGCUCUACGUGAAGGCUCAGCUCGGCGCGCAGGUUUUUAAAACAGGAAGAACCUCACCCGGCUUGGCUAACCCAACGUGGAACGAGGACCUCGUAUUCGUAGCAGCCGAGCCGUUUGAGCCGUUUCUAGUUGUAAAAGUAGAGGACGUGUCAAACUCUAAAACCGUUGGCCAGGCAAAAAUCCACGUGUCAUCCAUCGAACGGAGAACAGACGAUCGAACGGAGCUGAAGUCAAGAUGGUUCAACCUAUCAAGCGAAGACGAGAGCAAUUCGUAUACGGGUAGAAUCCACGUUAGAGUUUGCUUGGAAGGUGGAUAUCACGUGAUAGACGAAGCUGCUCACGUGACCAGCGACGUUCGAGCGUCGGCCAAACAACUUGCGAAGCCUCCAAUUGGUUUGCUCGAAGUUGGGAUUCGCGGCGCCAGUAACCUUCUCCCGGUGAAGACCAAGGACGGGACGCGUGGCACAACAGAUGCGUACGUGGUUGCCAAAUACGGUCCCAAGUGGGUCCGAACCCGAACCAUCAUGGACCGGUUCAACCCACGAUGGAACGAACAGUACACGUGGGAUGUUUACGACCCUUGCACGGUGCUCACCAUCGGCGUGUUCGAUAACGGAAGAUACAAGCUCAGCGAAGAUGGAAAAACUAACAGAGAUUGUAGGGGGGGGAAAAUUCGUGUGCGGUUGUCCACACUGGACACCAAUAGGGUGUACGUAAACUCGUAUUCCUUAACUGUUUUGCUGCCAGGUGGCGCAAAGAGAAUGGGGGAGAUAGAGAUUGCAGUGAGAUUUUCAUGCUCCUCAUGGUUAAGUCUAAUGCAGGCCUACGCAAGCCCAAUUCUACCAAGAAUGCACUAUGUUCGACCAUUCGGCCCGGCCCAACAAGACAUCUUACGCCAAACAGCUAUGAGGAUAGUAACGGCUCGACUGGCCCGGUCUGAACCGCCUUUGGGUCAGGAAGUAGUUCAGUUCAUGAUGGAUUCUGACACGCACGUGUGGAGCAUGCGGCGGAGCAAGGCGAACUGGUUCAGGGUGGUGGGUUGUCUGUCACGUGCAGCGACGUUACUACGUUGGAUGGAUGGAAUUCGCACGUGGGUGCACCCUCCAACAACGGUUUUGGUGCACGUGUUGCUUGCAGCGAUCGUGUUGUGUCCUUAUCUGGUGCUCCCUACUGUGUUCAUGUACGCUUUCCUGAUUUUACUGCUGAGAUUCCGUUACCGGCAGAGGGCUCCACAGAACAUGGAUCCGAGAAUGUCGUACAUGGACAUGGUGAGCCUCGACGAGUUGGACGAGGAGUUCGACGGGUUUCCCACCACGCGUCCCGCGGAGGUGGUUCGGAUCAGGUACGAUAGGGUGCGCGCGCUUGCGGGGAGGGCGCAGACCCUAUUGGGUGACGUGGCAGCACAGGGUGAACGCUUGGAAGCGCUGUUUAGCUGGCGGGACCCACGCGCUACGGGAAUAUUUGCAGUGCUGUGUUUGGUGAUGUCGUUGCUGUUCUACGCUGUGCCGUUUAAGGGCUUUGUAUUGGUGGCUGGGUUCUAUUACCUGCGCCACCCGAGGUUCCGCGAGGACAUGCCGUCUAUCCCCGCAAACUUUUUCCGGCGACUUCCGUCGUUUUCUGAUCAGAUUAUGUGA